GAAGACAAAAAAAACGAACUGGGACCUGCUGUUAUGCUAUUCUGUCUUCUGCUCGUUUUCCUCAGCACUGCACCCGAUCGCCCAAUGAUGUCAAAAUAAAAAAAAAAUCCUAAUUGACAAUUAAAACUUGUCUUAUUCAUUACGCGUGAGAAAUGACUGGUAUAAAUGGCCGACCGGGCAGGUCCCGUGACAUAGAGACAUCUCCCCCUCUCUCUCUCCCCGACGCCCGAGAAAUGGAGCUUUGUGUACCCCCCAACGGGAUUUCUCUAUAUUUCUCAACGGUGCCAUAGUUCACUUGUGCCUCAUUUAUUAUUUACUUCCGCGGCCUUGAGAAUAUUAAUCGGACGUACGGCGAUCAUUUUCAUUCAUUCUUGUUUUAACACAGAGGAAUAAUGCCAAUAAAGCUACAGAAUCCCAGCAUGGACACAGAUUUAGAUCUCAGUCUUGCAGGAAGUGAUUUUGAAGAUGCGGACAUUGAAGAUUUUUCAGACAUUAACGAAAGCGAUUUCGACCAGUGUAGCAUAAAAUCUUCAAGCAGUUCCAAACGUUCUAAUACUCGGGACGAAAAAGAACCAAAAACAAAUAAGGAUGAACCCAAAGUGCCGAAAAAACGAGGUCCAAAAAAGAAGAGGAUGACCAAAGCUCGAAUAGCUAAACUGCGCAUGCGUCGAGUGAAGGCUAAUGCCCGUGAACGUAAUCGAAUGCAUGGACUGAAUGACGCAUUAGAUGUGUUACGUCAACACGUGCCUUGUUAUUCCAAAAACCAAAAACUGUCCAAAAUAGAAACCUUGCGUCUCGCCAGAAAUUACAUCGGUGCCUUAGCAGACAUUUUAAAAUCGGGAAUGAAACCGGAUUCGAUUUCUUUCGCCAAAGCCUUAUCAAAGGGACUGUCUCAAAACACGAUGAACUUGGUGGCCGGCGGCUUACAACUGAACCCCCGGACCCUUCUCCCGGAGUCGUCGUUUGGGAAACCGUUCCAAUUUUAUUACAAUAACUCGUACCAAGUGUCUCCGAACAAUGACCAGUACCCACAGGCCUAUAACAACCCACAGUCGUACAACCAGUCCCCUCCAAACCCCGUUAUAAGUGCCUCGAUUUCGCCCAACCGUAUUAUGUCUUACACUGCUCAUAUCAACCAAUCCUCUCUCAGAGGAGAUCCGUCUUGCCAAAUGUCGCCUUCUUCUAUUGGAUACGCCACGUCAUGUGACACCAGUCCUCUGCAAAUCAGCAAAGCCGCCGCUGUGCCUUCUCUUCAAGUCGAAGCUGUGACGUCAACAAAUUUCAUGCGCUGUGACAGCACCGGCGACUCGUAUAUGUGUGGCAUGACCGGGAGAAAUCUCAACAACAAUGGGAUCUAUUCACAUGGUCACGUGACAUCAUCUCAGGAAUGCAAUCCUUAUAUCAUGCUGGAAGACAUCUCCGAGUUCCAACCCGAUUCAACAGUGAAUCCGGAAAUGAACAUAAUCAGCGCGGCUUCGAAUCUGUUCGACGUCACAGGUUAACGUAAGGCAAACAUAGUGAUCAACCCCACGACGUUAAUUUUCCGGAUAUGUUUUAAACUGUCAACUUUACUGAACGGCUUUCAAUCUAUAUGACGUCACAGGAAACGGCGAACGUAAUAACCAACAUCAUGAUGUUACUUUUCCGGAUAUGUUUAAAUAUGACUAUUUUUUCUACCUAUUAUUUUUUGAACUAUUAAAACCCUCCAACCUCAAAAAAUAUUAGGGUAUAACAUACAAAUGUACAUGCAUAAAGAAAGAAAGCUAAAUACCAUUACAAAUGAGGAUUACUUUAUGUCUCUCUAUCCGUCUUUCUUCUUUCUCUCCUCAAUGAAAGUUUCUCGUCUAUGGUUAGGUUCCAUUGUCACAAACUUUACCCAAGUCAAAGUCUGAAGUUUGAGUUUUGAACUCAAAUUCAUACACUUUCCUUUUAAGGAUUUGAGAUAAGGAGGCUGGAUGGUCAAUAAAUUAACUAUCUAAAAUUUUAAGAUAUGAUAUCUUUUAUUAUUUAGUAAAGAAAAAGUCCACAUAUUUACUUUUUAAAAUCUAGUAUUUUCCUAUAUUUUUAUAUAGAACUCUCGUUUUAAAGGAGGUCAAUACAGCCUAAAAAAUGGCCACGACCAUCGAGCCCUCUUAAAGACUGGGUUCAGAGUUUUGAAAUUUUGAUAACGGUGGGGACCAGUUCUACAUUUGUUUUUUUCUGCAAUGAUAGCUUAUAUAUUCUAUUUAUACAUUUUUAAUAACAUGUCAUAAUUGCCAAAAUGGCCGAUAUUUUAAUAUACAUUAAUAUGCAUCUAGUCAAUGUACAAGGCUACUUGAAUUUUGUACUAUUAUUUUUUCUGUAGUUUUUCAAUGAUAUAUUUAUUUUUUAAUAUCUUAUUUUGAUAUUAUUUUAAUUUUACCUAGUCAUAUUAUUAUACGUUUUUAUUUUUUGCGUUCACAUAUAAUAAAAUAUAUUAUUCUUUGAUUUUUAAAAAUGC